UCGGUGUCGGAGACUAAUAAAAACGGGCUUUACAAGUCGAAUCUGGAUGGAGCUACUGAGAAAUCAGAGAAGAAACAUAAGGCAACACAAGCUGAUGUGAGUGCAAAGAGAUCGAGAAUCUUGCUAAAAAUUCCUCGCGAGAAUGAAUCGGAGGAAAAUCAGCAAGAAAGCUCACAAAAGAUCGGCAAUAAUCUCGAUGAGAAUGGUGAUGAUAACGAUGAGGAAGGUAAAAUUAAUAAUAAUGAAGAAGAACCCAAGACAUGGAAUUUGAGACCCCGAAAACCAAUCUGCAAGUCUCUUAAUGGAGCGGCUGGAAAGAUUAAUGGGUCGUCAGUGCAAGAUAAGAAAGUUCAUUCACCGCAGAGGAAUUCAAGUAAUAGAUUGGUGGAGAAUGAGGCAAAUGGUGAUGGUCUUCAAAAGAAGGAGAAGAGGAAGCUGAACAUUUUGAUUGCACUGUCAAAAGAGGAGAUCGAGGAAGAUGUUUUCAAUUUGACCGGUUCAAAGCCUACGAGGAGGCCUAAGAAGAGAGCGAAAAACAUCCAGAAACAUCUCGAUUCUCUGUUUCCUGGAUUGUGGUUGACCUCAAUAACUCCUGAUUCAUACAAGGUAUCUGAAACAUAUCUGAAGGGAUAGAUGCUAUAAAGAAUAGAUGAUUAUGUCCUGAAAAAGUCCUUCCGGAAGUUUUAAGGCCGAAUUUUCUGAUGACAUUUGAAGGUAUUAUCUGCAAUAACUUGUAAAGGUGAAGGAAGAAUAAGCUAUUUUAGCUUUUUUGUACCCUUUUCUGAUGUUUCAUGCUCAUUUCAGAGAAUUGGGCCUAGAACUUUAGUUCUUUGAUAUAUUAGCAAUGGCAGAUGUAAAUAUGAAUUUGAUGAUUAUAAGAGUUAAGUUUUCGAUAGAGUGGUAUUUGUUUUUUAUAAUUGAUUUUUUCCUUGCUUGCCAAUACCGGAAAACGAUGUUUGAGAA